AUGGGCAACAAGAUCUCUCGCAACAAGGACGUGAUGGGACCACCCAAGGGCACUCUCCACCGCCGCUCAUCCAAGGGCCGCAAGCUCGUCCGUUGGGAUCCCAGCAAGGACCAGUACCUUCUCCUGUCCAUCGAGGCCCAGUGUCUCGAAGAUGGUAUUCAAUUGCCCUGGGAGAAAAUCGCCAAGCGUCUCGCUCCACACCUGAGUGGCCAAGGCGUGAAGCAGCACCUUCACAAGCUCCACCAGGCUCGCGAAGCCGCAGGCGAGCCCGUUCCAGUCAAGAGUCACCGCGAUAACCGCGGCGCUAGCCGCGCAGCUCGCGAGGACCAGCCUGAGGUCGCGAUCAAGGUGGAGGACGAUGAAGAUGAUGACGACGAUGAGGAGAUUUCGGUCCAGCAGGCCAAGGUUCCUCGCAAGCGCUCCUCUCUUCUCGCGUACAAGCCGCAGCCUCCGCAGUCCGCGCAGACCGGCUCCUCCGCUUCGACCAAGAGCAGCAAGCGCGCAGAGUUGACCGGCAACCGUUUCAUCGAUCAAGAGGCUGCCUCGGCCGCGAAGAAGUCCAAGAAGUCGAAGAAGAGCAAGGCUGCCAGCCCAGCUUCCAGCACCACCGGCAGCGACAUCUCCACCUUCACGUCCGGCAAGAAGUCCCGCCACCGCCCAUCCAACUUCAUCAUCACUCCCGAGUCCACCGCGGCGUACUACGGUAUUCCAGUUGGCGCUCCGAUUCCCGAGUGGGCUCGGAAGGCUGACGAGGAGGCUGCCGUCAAGCGUCAACUUCGCGAGGGGCCGGCCAAGAACUACCGCGAAGUCUUGGAGGAGGAGCAGGAGGUCGAGGAUGAAGGCAACGACAGCGACGAGGACAUCGAGGUGACGGAGAUGGAGAAGCAGGAUCGCGGCCAGGAGACUUCUUCCGGCGAUCGUGUCGUUUCGUACAACGAGAACUUCAACCCGUACCUCGGUGAGAACCUCCGCGUCGAUGCUGCAAUGCGCAUGCCAGGCUACAACAACCACGGCAUGAGCGAUCAGGAUUCGUUCAGCUUCCCCGGCGGUUCGGAGUUGGCCGGUCACAACUUCCCUGGUCAGAGUUUCUCCGCUCAGAACUUUUCGGGCGGUCAAGACUUCUCCAACGGUCCGGGUUUCGCCAACGCCCAGAACUACUCCGGCAUCCAGGACUUUGGCCGCGGUUCCACUUACGCCAUGAGCUUCUCCGGUGAGGGUCUUGGCGCGUACGGCCACGAUCAGGCUUCGCUCAGCAACUCCACCGUCAGCACCAGCAUUCUGGAUCCACUUCCGAGCAGCAUGACCAACAACAACAACGGCGGUAACAGCUUCCACAACAGCUUCGACGGCGAAGACAUUGCCGUCAUGAGCAACCAGAGCGGCUCCAACAACAACUCCCGCAGCAACAGCCAGACCGGUCUCACCACCAUGCAGCAGGUCAACGACUUCGCUCCGAUGCAGAUCGACCAGACUCCUCUCAUGCAGAACAUGUCUUUCAGCCCGGCUCCCACCACCCCGUUCGCUCCGAUGCAGCCUGGCACUCCCGCUUCCUUCCUCCACUCCGUCUACGGUAUCGGCUCUCCCAACCUCGGCGGCAACUCCUUCAACAUCGGUGGAGGUGCGGCUCACAUUGGCGGUGCGUCUUCAAGCUUCGGUGGCGGUGUGUCUCCGGACCUCAUCACUCCAUUGAGCAACGGGCAGAUGGACUUCGAUUUGAACGAGAUGGCGGGCAACAGCGGCAUCUUCGGCGACGACAUGUUCGGCGACACUUUUUGA